GAGCGGCAGCGGCAGCGGCGCGUGUUUUAAAGCGUGGAAUAGGGGAGACGACGGGAAAUCCUUAAAAAUCAUAAAAUCUUGUAACUCUCACUCUCAAAGUAUAAGAUCCCCAACUCCCGGAAAAACAACAGGGACUCUUCUAGCCAUAAAAAUCAUAAGAACAAACAUCAGCAACAGUGCCCAUAAUAAAAGCUGGAAAGAAGAAAACAAGAUCCACCUCGAACCUCUCUCCAUCCUCAUACUCCGUCUCCUUCAAUUCUCACCGUCACGGCGUUACCACCGCCUCCGGCCAUCCUCAAAUCAAAUCAAAUUUUAGAUUGAGAGAGGGUGUGCCAGUGAUAUCUUUCUUUUUCGAAGAAAGGAUAAAAAUUUUCCAUAUUUGUGGGUCUCUUGUUCGCUUUCCUUUGGAUAUUGUUGUUGGUUAUUGGCCUAUUCAAUACCCAAUCCCUGAAAUCUUUCUUCUUUGGAGGAGAAUAGGGGAAGUGGUGAGUUGGGUUUGGGUCAAUUGUUGGGGAAACAAGGAAGGAAAUGAGGGAAGAUGAUUCUAAUUGGUUUUCAAGGUGGGAGGAAGAGCUCCCAUCACCUGAAGAACUUAUGCCCAUAUCCCAAACCCUAAUUACUCCUGAUCUUGCCCUUGCUUUUGACAUCCGUAAUCCUACUAGUACUGCCACCACCAACACCACCUCUCUUCUACAACAAAACCAGCCCCCUCCUCCUCCUGCACCACCACCACCCACCGCCACCACUCCAUCUCCCAAUAACCCCUUGCAAUCUUCCCAACCUAAUUCCGCUGAAUACGCCGCCGAUUCUGCUGACUUGGUUUCUGGUGCUGCAGGUGAUGAGCCUGCUAGAACACUUAAGCGGCCCCGGCUCGUUUGGACCCCCCAGCUUCAUAAAAGGUUUGUGGACGCCGUUGCACACUUGGGGAUAAAAAAUGCCGUUCCCAAGACCAUAAUGCAGCUCAUGAGUGUAGAUGGGUUAACUAGAGAGAAUGUUGCUAGUCACUUGCAGAAGUAUCGGUUAUAUCUGAAAAGGAUGCAGGGGUUGUCAUCUGGUGGUGCUGGUGGUGUUAAUGGCACUGGUGGUGGAGGGGGUGGUGGAUUGGCUGCAGGAUCCGAUGCAGCAACUGAACAUUUGUUUGCAAGCUCUCCGGUGCCUGCGCAUUUCUUGCAUCCAGGGAGGCCUAAUUCAGAUCAUUUCUUACCGUUUGUGCCAGUGGCAGCACUGCAACAUCAUCAUCACCAGCAGCAGAUGGCAGCAGCUGCAGCUGCAGUGGGGCAUCCCCAGUUGCAGAGUCAGUAUCAUAGGCAGAUGGGGCACUUUGGUCAACCUCCAAAUGGGCAGUUUGAACAUCCCUUUCUGGCUAGGCAGACACAACAGCCUGUGCAUAGGAUGGGAGCGCCAGUCCAUAACACAGUUCCAGGAUAUAUGGAAGAUUUGGAGUCGGCGAGUGGGAAUGGCGGAAGAAAGGUUCUCACUCUGUUUCCUACAGGAGAUGAUUGAAUUUGGGUAGAAAUUGGUCUUGGCCUUCCAUUGCCAGAUCUAAAAAUUUCUGAUGUUGCUCUUGGGUAUAUUUUGAGAGAUUGGGAUUGAUGGGUAGUGGCAGUUAUGGUGUUCUUCAAUUCCUACGGGCUCUUACUCGUGUAAUUAAGUGUCGGUAGCAGUCAGUAUUUCCCAUUUCAUUUUCUGGUGAUUGAUAUUGAUCGUGAGGUCAUUCUGGGCAGAGACAAUCCUUCUUAGUGUCCCUGGCAGCAAUUGUCUAUCAGUCAUGUUUGUUCAAUCUGAAUUUUGUAGAGGGUUUGCAUUAUCCCAGCAUAUUUUGGGAAGCGGCUGGUUGUUCUUACAUUUUAGAGUCUUUUCUCAGGGAGGUUUAACUGUCAGUGUUCAUGAUGGGGCAGUUGGAACAUGAAUUAUCUGAAUUUGUGCUUGCAGAUGAGGAUAAAUAAUUCUUGCAAGUGGAAUAUAUGUUAUAUAGAAUCUAAUUAUGGGGUUGGUGUAUUGGAUGGCACAUUUGGCACUGAGUUUCUCAACAAGUCCAAAAGCUCUUAUGUAGUUAAGUCUCUCUUCUGUUUUAUGAGAUGAGUUAUGUAGCGGUGAGCUGUACUUAUUGUACAUUGUGCGACUGCGUAGAAGACUAAAGCCCGAUGCGGGGGGUUAAAGAAUCACGAUGUUAUUAGACUGCUAUAUUUAAUUUAAUGCUCCAUGGACGUUUAAGUAGCUGAAUUUUCCUUCAUAACUGUGAAAUUAUCUUUGUUGCUUUUUUUAAUUUAAAUAUGUGGAGUGAAGAUCUGCACACCUAGUAAGACCAAGAAUGGUGAGAAAGAUGGCAGGAAUCCGAGGUAUUGAAUUAAGAUCAAAGUGAUUAUGAUUCCAAUUCAGCUAAUGAGCAUUCAACAAAGCAUAAAUGGAAUACAAACAAGAAAUCCCUUCCCACAGGCUAGCUGCCUUGCAAAUUAUUCAACCCCCAAGCUAAUAAAGAUGGAUCGCCAAAAGAUCAUAAGGAUUUGCGUGCACCAUUUGGCGGAUUGUUCUGUUAACUUAUAACUUUUCAGCGUCAGAAUUCCCAUAAUCCUCCUCAACAAUAUUUCCUGCUACGGCUGGCUCUCCCUCCUUAUCUCUUCUAGAAUAAACCUCCAAUUCUUCAAAGUGGGUCCUUGGGCUGGGCAUUGGCUCUUUUUUUUUUUUCAUCAAUAUCCAUUUCAAGUUGCAUAGAUAAUAAUUUAAAAGCUGCACUGCAUAUGAACCAAGGACGUCUCUUUAUUCUAUAUGUCAUUUACUCACAUUUUUCUCACUUUGUUGAAGCUUGAGUAGAGUAAAACAAGUAUGUAUGUUAAGCAUAACUCAACAAGAGUCAUUUAUUCUUGUUUCUAGUUGAAUUGUAAAAUAAACUUGAAAAAAGAUGAAACGGGGGAUAUUGGUGGACUGCUAUACAUACCUUAAUGCUUGAUUUGGAGAAUUUGAAAUGUUGUAUCUUUGGGUUAGAGCCACUGUUCUGAAAACUUAAACUGCUUAAUGAUUAUGUGUUUAUCUUGGAAAAUUUUCAUUUUUUGAGCUUCAGCGGGCAUCUGAAAGUUGGGAAAUUGGUCACUAUUUCAGUUCAUAAUCUGCUCAAAUUUUACAUGUAAUAUUUUUCUUAGCAUGGACCUUUCUUCUCCAUCACAUGGUGUCUUAUGUCCUUUGUGAUGAAUUGGAUUGUAUGAGCUUUUGGGAUUAAAUAAUGAUUAUUAGAAACCA